AUGGCCCAGCAGGAAUUGAAUUUAAAGUAUCCUAACGUAGCAAAUAGCCAAGCACCAAAUACUUUGAGAACGGCGCCAAGGAAUUCACAAGAUGGGAUCAAUUUUUUACCCCCAGGCCAAGGGAUAGCAAGCCACCCAUAUCAACCAGGGCAAGGCUUAAAUAGCUUUCAAAUGUCAAAUAUGCCAUCUGGAAUUCCAGUGCUUAAUAGACCUCCAUCAAAUGUUCCUCAGCCAAGGGCCAAUAUUGACCCUAAUGUUGGGAACAACUUCAUACCUCAACAACCUGGCUUGCAAAAUUACCCAAACCAGAUUUUCCAAAAUCCCCAAGCAGGACUUAAUCGACCAAACAUCUCCAUACAAGCGCCUCAGUUUAAAAGUCCUCAAGUAGGUGGCAAUCCGAUAAAUAUCCCUAUGAGAAAUCCACAACCUGGCAUGUAUCAAAAUCUUCCAAUCAAUCCUCCAGUGCAAAGACCCGUGAAUUUUCCUCAAGCGUACGCUCAGGCUCCUAGUCCAAACCCUCAAUAUGGGAAUCAGCCUAAUUAUAACCCACCUAUGCAAAGCUCUCAAAAUUUUAAUCCCCCUAGUUUUGGUGUGCCUAAUCCAAAUUCUCAAAAUUUUAAUUCCCCUAAUUUUGUUCCACCUAAUCCGAGUCCUCAAAAUUUAGGUUCUUUUAACCAACCUUAUCCUGCAAAUCAGCCUAAUCAGCAGCAAGCUUUCCAAAAUCAAAACCAAAUGAUCGAUCUAGAAAAAGUUGAACCCUGCAGCCCAGACAAGGCAAACCUCAUUAAACAAUUCGGGCUUGAAGUUUUUAUCAAAAACCAAUUCAAUCUAUCAGGAUUGACCUACAAUGGAAAUCAAUGAGUUUUGAGAGGAAAUAAUAAUGCUCAAUUAGAGCAAGCCUUAAAGUUUCUAACUUCUCCCCUCCAUGAGCGAACAAAACCAUUGAAAAAAACCCUAUUUUUGGGUAAAAACUCACCAUCUGUGAGCUAACUAAAAAUUUCUUUAUGGAAAAAUUUUGAUAAUAAGUGGUACUUAGUAUAAUGAAAUCUUCAGAUAACUCUGUUUAAUUUUAAAAGCUUUCAUUUUAAAAUAUAAAUUUACAAAUUAAUAUUUGUUUUCCAAUUUCGCGAAUUGAGUUUUUUUAAUAUAUAUAUUAUAAAUUUUAAAAAAAAAUUAACCAUCAUGAGCAAACAAAAUUGUUAAGUUUGCCCAUAGAGGGGGAGUAAGAGAAAAGAUUAAUGAAGUCAAGCCUAACAUAAUAUGAUGCUGGAUCGCUGACGAUGGCUCACCAGUCAAUUAUUCAGAUACUCAAUGCAGAAUAAUAGAAAGUGCAUAUUACAAGCGUCAGGGCGUAGCAAUAAGCAACAACGGCACAAAUUAUAGGAUAAUAUUCGGAAAACCUCAUAUACAGCAAAUGAUGAACUCAAAUAUUACAAGGACUGUAAGGAGGUUGGAUGGGAAUAAUGAUAGAAAUCAAGCUAUGGCAGGAGAUAUCCCAUGGUUCUGGCAAGAUGACGAUGGGCAGUUCAAGCCAUACACGGCAGAAGCGUCAAGACAAAUAGAGCAAGCUUAUAAAUUAAGAGCAGAUAACCAGCUAGCCCUUGUGCAAGGGUCAAAUGAUAGAGCAUAUCUUAUGGACUUUACUAACAUGAAGCAGCUUAAUGAAAAAACGCAUUAUCAGAGAUGCAUCAAAAGAGGAAGCCCAAAUUAA